AAGAGCGUGGGGUUGAACCAGGUCAUCCUGCGGUACGCGUCGGAUAAGCACGAACGGAUUUACGGCAUGGGCGAGCAGUACAGCUCGUUGGAGCACAAAGGGAAACGCAUACCGAUCAUCACCGCGGAGCAAGGGAUCGGCCGAGGGAAACAGCCGGUGACGUUCGCGUUCAACCGGGUGUUCAUGGGCAGCGGAGGGAACUGGCACACGACGUACACCGCGAUACCGCACUACGUCACGAGCGCGGCGCGGAGCGUGUUCCUCACGAAUUACUCGUACGCGGAGUUUGACUUCACGGACGACGAGACGAUCUCGAUCUUGUCCACGACGCCGACGAACACCCUCUGCGGGCAGAUCAUCGGCGCGAGGAGCAUCCCCGAGACCGUCGCCGCGUACACGGAGUACAGCGGGCGCAUGGAGCCGCUCCCGGAGUGGGCUUACGCGAACGGCGUCAUUCUCGGGAUGACGGGCGGGAGCGCGAAAGUACGGAAAGUCGCUUCGAUGCUUCGCGACGCGGGCGUGCCUCUCGCGGGACUUUGGCUGCAAGACUGGGGCGGGAUACGAAACACGUCCAUCGGGAUCGAGCGCGUGUGGUGGAACUGGGAGCUGGACGAGAGCAACUACCCGGACUGGCACGCGUUGCGAGAGGAAGCGGCGAUGAACGGGACGAGGUUGCUGACGUACACGAACCCGUUCCUCAUGGACGCGAGAGGGCCGAAAGGGCGUUUAUACCGCGAGGCGAAGGAAGCCGGGUACAUGGUCCAAACCGUCGCCGGCGGCGUGUACCGUUUAGGGCACGAGCCCGGGGUGUCGUUCGGCCUCUUAGACCUCACGAACCCGGCGGCGGUGCGUUGGAUCGAAGACGUGUUGCACGACAUGCUAAAGAACACCGGCGCCGUGGGGUGGAUGGCGGACUUUGGCGAGUACCUUCCGUUCGACUGCGUGCUUCACAGCGGCGAAGCCCCGAUCGCGGUGCAUAAUCGGUACCCGGAAGACUGGGCCGCGCUGAACCGUCGCGCGAUGAUCAGAGCGGGACUAGGGAGUAAAAACGAAGGCGGGAACGGCGAAGGCAUGUUCUACUCUAGGAGCGCGUCGUCGCAAACGCCGCGGCACACGCCCCUGAUGUGGCUCGGCGACCAGCUCGUGUCUUGGGACGCGCACGACGGGAUGAAAUCCGCGGUGUUGGGGAUGUUACAGGGCGGGUUGAGCGGCCUCGCGUUGUCGCACAGCGACAUCGGCGGGUACACCGCGACGCCCGGGAGACACCGCACGCGGGAGCUGCUCAUGCGCUGGAUGGAGCUCUCCGCGCUGUCGGACGUCGUCUUCCGCACGCACCAGGGAAACAGACCGCUGCACAACGCGCAGCCGUGGGACACCCCGGAGCUCCUCGAUCACUUGAGGGACUUCGCGCGGUUGCAUCGAGCGUUGGCGCCGUAUCGCGCGGAGCUCAUGCGGGAGUCUUCGCUCACGGGGAUGCCGCUCACGCGCCCGCUGUUCAUGCACUACCCGCACGACGUCGUCGCGUCUCGAGUCGCGACGCAGUUCCUCGUGGGGCGGGAUAUCCUCGCCGCGCCGGUGAUGGACCGCAAGACGUCCAGGGUGCACGUGUACCUCCCCCCGGGGGACACGUGGCUGGACGUGUGGACGACGCAACAAGCGCCGGCGCAGCCGACGGGGCCGCGACACGGGCACGGCGUGUGGCUCACCGUGGACGCGCCGAUGGGGUGGCCCGCGGUUUUCAUUCGC